AUGAAGGACCGCGAAAGACGCGAUGCUCUGGUGAGCGCCCAACAUGCCGCAGCUGCAUCGACAACCAUCACGAAUGCCUCGGGUACAGCCAUGAAGGAGAAGCAGGGCAAAGCCCCGGCGGCGAAGGUGCAGAGCAAAGGAGACGUUCCAGCGGAGCAGAAAGAGCUUGGGCGCCAGGAGUCAAUGGACAGCCACGGAAACCGAAGUCACAAUCUUACGACCAACGCGCCUCAAGGCCUCUGGCGGGCCAUUAUAGCACCUCCUCCGAGGCGAUCGUCUUAG